AUGCAAGAACGAGCGGAGAUUGUGGAAAAGUUAGGCUGUUUUAUUGCGGGACCGCAUCGGAGAUCUCUUUAUGCCACUUUGGACUCCUUUUUGGGUCAGUCUGAGAUGCAGGGAGAUCUUUCGGCUUAUACGCGGUUGCAAGCUAUGAAAGCAUAUGCACUGGCGGCGGAUGGUAAGAUUGAAGAGACUCGGGAGUUCUUGUCGGGAAAAGAUCUGGUGAAGUUUCGGUCGGUUUUGCAAGAGACGGGUUUGGAACAAAUAAUGAUGCGUACGGCUUUGCGGUGUUUGGAUCGAAUUGGGGAUAUGAAAGGGUUUAUGGAUAAUGCGAGUGAGGAAGAGAAGUUUGAAGUGGCCGUCUUAGAAAAGGAUUAUAAACUGGCUCAACGGUAUGGUGCUCAUCUUAUUUCGACUUCGAGUUCGUUUGCGGUUUUGGCGGUUAUUUUGGCUGGGGAUGAGAAGAUGCCGAGUUUACUGGGUUGGUUGUUGGAUAAAGCUGUGAUUAAUGCCUCUUUGUUGCGGUUGCUUUAUCGGUUGGGUCUUGGUAUGGAAGUGAUUAAGAAGUAUUUGGGUAAAUGUGCUCGUGACUUUCCCUUCUACUUGCUUUUACGGGAUUUAUUGGUGGGUGGUGAAGAUAUUUCGGUUUGGGUAGAUGUGGUGGAAGGCCCGGACUCUUGUUGGUUGGCCGGGUAUAAGUUGCUGAGUUAUUUGGAUGAUUGGCUGAUUUAUGCUUGGUUGAUUGAGCAGCGGAAGCAGGGAAUGGAAAAUCGGUGGGAAGAUUGUUUUGAGGUGGUUGCAGUGGAGAAGUCGGUUAAUCGGCGGCGGUACUUGAUGGAGACUCGGCCUAGUCCGGAAAGUCUUUUGGAUUUUGCUCGUACUUCGGCCACGGUUGAGUUGAGUUUGCCUGUUUGGAGACGAAUGUCGGUGGCUGAGCAAGAGAUGGUCUUGGCUAAAGCAGAUUUGGUUGUGCAUUGGAAGAUUCGGGUUCUGUCGGAACAGGUGCCAAUUCCCUGGGAGAUGGAUGUAUUGAGCCGGUUUUUAGAGUCGGUUGAUGACGUUUUGUUUUUGGUUGGAUCUUUAGUGGCGAGGCGAACUGAAGAAGACUUGUUAUUGGCUUUGGUUUUGCUUUAUGCGCUGCGUAAGAAUUACUCUUCUUUUGAACCGAAUUUGGUUCUUUGUGUGUUAAUGAGGUACUUCUUGAUGUGUGAUAAGGUGGCUGAACUUUUUGUUGGGCUUGAUCCACAACAUGUUCAGUUAGAAACAAUUUCUUAUCUUUGGAGUGAUGUUCACAUCUUAUUACAGAAAGAUAAUCUUCAUUUAGAACAGUCUUAUACCCAUACAAGAAGUCAGUUAAUUGCUAAUGCUAAUAAUGCUUUACUAGGUCUGGUUCAAAAAGAUCAAUGUGCCCAGGCAGUUUCUUUACUUAAGUAUCGAGAUGCUUUGCUUAGUUCGGCUAUUAACCAACAAAUAGUCAGUCGUACGCUUAAGGACUCGCCUAUUUCUUCGGCUCAGAAUGUACUGAUUAAGCCUGCUCAGUAUAUCUUCCGUAAAGUUACCGAGUCGCCCACUAUUAAUUCGUCUCCCUCCGUUCUUAUAACGAUUGAUAGUAUUCCAGCUGAGUACAAUCAAGAUUCGCUUCAUUCUUUAUUCUGGCAGGCAGUUGAUCUUCUAACUUCCCAUUCCCCCAUUGAAAUAGACAAAAAUGACAUGCACGAUCUCUACACGUGGCUCUCAGAUGCCCAGCAAGAAGCCUUCAAAAUCUUAGGAUCCACUUAA